ACAAAUCUUGAAAAGUUUAAGCAAUUAUAAUAUCUGUCAUACUUUACAAAGAGUUAGUAUUUAUACAUAUUCCAAUAUUUUAAUUUUUGGGUAAAAUUUGUUAUGGAAGGAUCGAAUAUAGAAGUUGUGCUUAUUACUGGAGCGUCCAGUGGAAUUGGCGAAGGACUAGCUUAUGCAUUUGCUAGUAAAGGAGCAUCUUUAUCACUUUGCGGACGAAAUGUAGAAAACUUGAAAAAAGUUGCAGAGAAAUGUGUUUCUGAAGGCGCAGCAAAGGUAGUAGAAAUCGCAGCGGAUGUAACAAAAGUUGACGACAUGGAACGAAUGGUGGAUGAAACGGUCGCACAACUUGGUCAGAUUGAUGUUCUUAUCAACAAUGCUGGGUGGGCCGGCUAUGGUGGAAUCGAAACCGCAACUAUUGUCGGCUUUGACAAGGUUUUUGACGUAAAUUUAAAAGCGCCGUAUUAUUUGAUCCAACGGUGCCUACCACAUUUGAAAAAGACACACGGCUGUGUAAUCAACGUGUCAAGUUGUGCUCCGAAGCUUACACUACCAAGAACUAUGCAUUACAACAUGACGAAGGUUGGCCUUGACCAUCUUACUAAAAUCGCAGCAUUAGAACUGGGGCAAUAUGGAAUUCGUGUCAACAGUGUAAGGCCUGGAUUAAUUUUGACUCCGAUAUUGGAAAAGAAUUUUACCUCUGAUCAAAUUAUUGUUUUAACCGAGGAGUAUAUGAAAAAAACUCCUCUGGAGGAGAAGUUGGUGACUGUCCAAGAGGUUGCGGAUGUUGUGCUCUUCUUGGCAUCAUCCGGAGCAAGGAGCAUCACUGGAACUUGUCUUCUGAUAGAUCGCGGAAGAUGUUUAAUGUGAAAAAUGUUUCGUGGAUUUUUUUGAUUAUAUUUGUACGUUAUUCGUUUAAUUAUGAUUUAAUAGUUUAUCUGUACAAUCUAAACAUAAAACACAAUUUGGUAACGCCUAUACCAAUAUAUUGGGCCUUCGUAAAUGUAUACAUACACACAUACACACAUAUAUAUA